AUGACCCAACCAGAUGGACGACGGGGCCGAGUUGCACUAAAGCGCAAGAUAAAAUGCAACAGGGAAAAACCUUGCAGCAACUGCCUCCGAGCUAAGAGCGAGACCUGUGUUUACGGGAGCGCCACACUCCAUUCUCCAGGUGUUUACCGCAAUGCUGGGCAGAACCAGCCGAACGGACGCAUUCUUGCUCCAAGGACAAAAGCAAGCUCGCAAGGCGAUCUCACGUCUAGCACAAACGGCUCGGAAAUAACACGUUCAACUCAUCCGUCUAGUCUGACAUCCACAUCAACCCCUGGCAUCUACCAAGAUGGAGAUGAGGAGUCUGCCAGGCUGAGGGCGAGAAUCCGGCAUCUUGAGGAACAGGUAUCCAGGUCUUCACUGGAUAGGGAUUCCGGAACGCAUUUGACUUCCAAUGCAAACAUCGAGUCGGCAAGCUCACGCCUUGGAGGAACCAUGCACAUAACAUUCGACAAGUUGGCAGCGGGGCAGCCGCAAGUGAUCGUUCGUAACAUCGUUCACAAGACUAGAUUACUGGGCCAGAGCCACUGGGGUGUCCACGGAAUUCUCAUAAUUCGGGACAUAUUCGAGACUCUAGAGCCACAAUUGCAAACAGAAAAUUCUAACGUUGUAUGUAUCCUUGAGAAGUGCAAGUCUCUAGCCAGAGUGAUCAAAGCCCGUCGUGCUCCUCCGUGGCCUUGCCCACCGACCCCAGACCUGCCUUCCAAGGAAAUAGCAGACACUUUGGUGGACAAUUAUCUUCGGUCAAGCGAAUCUAUCUACAGAAUAUUGCACAUUCCCACAUUUCGGAGAGAUUACGAGUUUUUAUGGGUAUCAAAUACGACCCCUAAUAUGGCAUUUCUCGUUCAGCUGAAACUUGUACUGGCACUUGGAGCCCUAACUUUUGACAAUACCUUCUCCCUACGCGAAUCAGCUCUACGGUGGGUAUACGAAGCCCAAACGUGGGUUUCGGAACCAAAAUUCAAGUCACGUCUGGAUAUACCGUCCCUACAAACAAAUCUUCUCCUAUUGCUUGCCCAAGAAGGCGUUGGCAGUGGAGGAGACAAUAUGUGGAUAUCGAUUGGGGCCGUACUGCGUAAAGCAAUGUUCAUGGGCUUGCACAAGGACCCGACCUUUUUACCGCCAAUGCCGACAUUCUCUCAAGAAAUGCGUCGAAGGCUGUGGAAUACAAUUAUUGAGCUCGCUCUUCAGUCGAGCUUGACUUCAGGAGGUGCACCUCUUAUUUCUCUGGAGGAUUUUAGUACUGCGCCCCCUGGAAACUUUGACGAUGAUCAACUUGUAGUUGACCAAGCGAUACCAAAGACUGAGAAUGAAUAUACGCAAAUGUCCUUGUCAGUGGCACUGCGCAGGACAUUUCCACAGCGUCUUGCCGUGGUAAAGUUCUUGAAUGAUACGCUUUUGCAAGGCACCUAUGAGAACACUUUACGCCUUGAUGCUGACUUGCGCGCAUCUUAUAAGGUCCUUCGUGAAUCGCUACAACUGAGCUGCAACUCUGAUAAAGAAGGUACGGCAUCCCAAGCUGCGAUAACUAUUCUCAACUUUCUGCUCAACCGCUAUUCUUUGGCGCUUCAUGUCCCAUACUUUGGGCCGGCACUUCAAGAAGCGUCCUAUGCGUAUUCUCGAAAGGUUGUUGUCGAGUCGGCUCUCAAAAUUUGGCAUUGCAUGUGUCCAGAAUCCCGAAGCUUGACCAACACCGUCCAGCCGAAUAACUCGACUUGGUUAUUUCGCCUCACGACCUGUAGCUCAGGGUUCUAUCCGACCGUUGCCAUCCAGGCAGUGUUGCUGAUUGGUCUUGAACUCCGGGCACACAUACAAGAAGAUGAUGGCCUUGGACAUGCACCACUGCGACCAGAUUUGCUUUCCGUAUUGGAGGAUGGAUUAAAAUGGUGCAUGGAAGUCAUAGAGGCGGGCGAAACAAACAUCAAGGGAUGUUUGUUGAUUAGCCUUGUCGUCUCGCACGUUGGUGGACUUCGUGAAAGGCUGGGACCUGAAGUUAUUACUAGAGAGCUUAUGAAUUCGACGGAAGACAUUUUAGGUACGUGUUUAGGUAAGUUGGAAGAAAGAGCAGCAAGUUAUGGCUAUGGCGGAGCAGAAGGAAACGAGGAAGAACGGGGUUUAACAACACCGAGCGACGCUAUGGAGGACUGGAGUUUCAUGAUGUCUGACGCCUUUGGACUUGGAGGAGGUUCCAUGGAUGCGAUGAAUUGGAUGUUUGAUUGA